AUGACCAAUAUGACAUCCAACAAUACCCCAAAAGACGUACAGAAAAACGAGGCACCGCAACAACUGUUCAGUCCUGUUGGACACCCAGAAGAUGGAAUGAUGCCACCCGCUGACCCUCCAUCCUACGAAGAAACCAUUAGAGGUGACGAAGUAUUUAGAGUGGCAGAUAGGGGGGAGCACAGAGUUCUUCACUCUCUUCUUUUUGGUGGAGGUCCCGGUAGUCAUUCAACCUCAACAUUACAUUUCGAGUUGACUCCAACACCCAGUAAUACAAGUACUACUAGCAACACUUAUAAUCAUAUUAAUGGGAAGAAAAAGGGAAACCAACAAUUCCCGGGGAACCGAUUUCUAACCUAUUUUUCAAGUAACUCUUCUCGUUCUUCCCCAUCUUCCUCUGAUUAA